AUGCAUAGAAGAAAGAUGUCAGCAGUGCUUUUAGCUUCGGCUGCUGUAGCACUAACACUACUAAUACUCUUUUGGAAUGUCACUCUGAAUGAGAAAUCUUUCAAAUUAUUUAAACUUUUGCCCUUUAGCGCGUCUUCCAUACCUUCCAUUUUAAUCCCCUAUCACCAUGUAAUCGACCAGUUGGAGUGGAUAACUGAUUUCGCCACGGACAAAACUGAUUUUCCAUCUGCAAACCCACCAGUGAUUUACUACGAUCGACAAAUUAUCUAUCACCCAACCACUUCCGAUGGGUGUCGCUACAAAUGCAUCUUUGCAGCUACCACCCAAGAUCUCAGCCAAGGCGAUGUGGCCGUCUUCUCCAACCACUUUUCUGUAGAAACAAGUAUCAGCCUCAAGAAACGUGGUGUUCUUAUCGCCUUUGAGACGGGUGAAUGCCCCUUUCUUGCACCUUCUCUCCGUCCUGCACACUUGAACCAAAUCGAUCUCUUCAUCACAUACAUGCCCAAAUCUCCUGUGCCCUUUGUGUACUCCGUAUUCGUGCGGAAUAAGAAUCCGAAGUAUAGAUUCACCACAGAAGAGGCUGCAUUUAUGCUGUCCAAGAAUUAUGUGCAUUUGCUGCCCCCUCAUCAUCGGCAAAGGAGGAGGUUGAUUGCCUGGGCCGUCUCCGACCACCAGCCCAAUAAUAACAGGGCUGAGUAUGCAAGUGCAAUCGCCAAAUUUAUUCCCGUAGAUAUAUACGGCAGUAAAGGAAGGCAACUACCACACAAUGCCGAGGCAUUUCAUUUGCUCUCGCUGGACUACAAAUUCUACCUCGCCUUUGAGAACGCCAACUGUCGCAAUUACAUAACAGAAAAGGUCUAUUUCAACGCCAUGCAGUGCGUGAUGUUUGCUUCUUAA